CACCCAGAUUCGCACAUGUGACAGAAGCGCUAUUGCCAUAGACAAGUGUACCAGCUUAUUUUCUUUGUCGGAUAUUUUUAUUUACAUAGUAAUCUAAUCGACAUCCUAUUUUCUACUUAAGACAAUCUUAUUUUUAUUCUGAAUCGAAGUUUUACCAGUUGUACUAUUUAAAUAAAAGGUUAAAUAAAUUUUCAAUAAAAGUGGCAGUGGCAACACUAGUCCAGUCUCCUGUCAUCUGUAAUGUGACUUGUUUUUAAAAUGUCAAAACAUAACCUAUUAAAUCCAAGGACACCUUUAUUUUGUAUGAAUAUAUCUUAAUUAAAAAUGAAAAUAAUUUACAAAUAAAAGAUGACUGGAACAACUAAACCACCAUGGAAAAAAGUAUUGUACGAAAAACAACCAUAUCCAGAUAACUACACCGAUAAAAAAAUAUUCUUGCGAGAUUUGAAGAAGAACAUCGAUUUCAAAGAAGUUAAAUUUCUUGAGGCUUUUUAUGGGUCUUUAAUAAUAUUACAAGAGUUUUGCAAUGUAGUUACCUUCGUAUUGAUUUAUUUUUACUUGCUCUAUGAAUGGGUCGAACCAUCAGCAUUACUAACAUGUACCAGUGCUGUAACCACUUUAGGAUUUGUGUAUUAUCUAUGGGCGUUUAGUGAAAAUGUUUUAAGUAAGCUCGGAAAUGAUAUUAGGACUAUUAUUACUUUUAUAGUGGUCGGAAGACUGUUCUCUCCUGUGUUACACACACUUACGGAUACUGUAAGCACAGAUUCAAUUUAUACAACUACGUUUCUUAUGAUGGUUGUACAUAUGAUAUUUUUCGACUAUGGAGUAGGUGCAGCAAUCGUUUCGAAUAGUGUAUCGUUAAGUACUGUGAUUUUUGCUUCAAUUUGUUUAGCAUCAAGACUUUCCACAGCAUUCAAUGCGUUCGUACUGAUGACUGCUGCCAUAAAAAUGUUCGUUUUACUCCCAAUGUUGCAUUCAGCGCUUAAAAAUCAAACUUACUUCUUAUGGAUUUAUUUAAUUGUAGACAUAUAUUGUUUAAUCUAUUUAAGUAAAUUAGCUUUGGUUUUAUAUUUAUUUACUGUUGUUCUGAUAAGUAUAAUUUGUCCGUUGCUGUAUGUUUAUUUACAGAACUACAAAGAAACAAUAUAUGGACCUUGGGACGAGGCUGUGGUGGAUGAUGCAGACAGUAUUAUAAGCAAAUUAUAACAAUUUAUAGAUGAUUUUUAAUAAAUAUUUUCAAUUUGU